CCAGAAUUUGAUCAAGUUAAGGUGUACCGUGCGAGGCUGAAGACUACUUCGUCACCACGGUCGGCUGAUCGGGAUAAGAGUCAGGGCAAGACAACCUACCGAAAAAUCUCCACCGGCGCACUAUCGUCCGGCUACUCAUCGGCAACCAUGUUGACGGACAACGCGCUGGAACUCACGGUGACGGGGCAGAACCAUGAAGAGUAUAUAACUGAUAAGUCGGUUUAUAUUAAGAGAAAACCCAAGGAUGAGCCUGCAAGACUGGUAUACACUAAGGACCCCUCACUUGCACCCCCACUCAAACGUUAUUGA